AUAAAAAGAGGCAGCAAAAUAUUUUCUUCGUUCAUCGAAUCUGAAAAUUCUCUCCCUUAUAGCUUCUACAUGAAUCGAACCCCUCUACACAGCACACGCAAUUUCCUCCUGCUCAGAAAACCCUUAUUGCCUCUUUUGAUCGCUUAACUGUUUAUCCUGAUGUUUUUGGAGCUUGAAGUGGAGUUGCCAGAUUUUAACUGAAUGUUCGUGAGGUGCUUUGAUUCGUCUGGUUUUCUGGUGGUCCUGAGCAAGCUAGGCAGGAUAAAAAAUCGAUCUCUUUGGAGGAGAGAGAAAGAUAGUCGUGAAAUUUUGAUUAAAAUUCUCUUUGGGCUUGAGGUGAAGCCUACUAGGGUUCCUGAAGUGUACAGGAGGAGACAGCGGCUCCUUUUGUUUUUCUGCGUGACACGCUUUAGAGCGUUUUGAGAGGAUGCCAGAGUUGGCCUGCGAAUGACAUAAUUCAGAUAAAACUUCUGCUGCUUUGAUGUUGACACUUAUGGGUCAAAAGGGUUUUAUUCCGUAAAAUGUUAAUUAAGGAGAAGUUCUUUGAUUUAGAGGAGUGAUGUUUGUUUCUCUUCAGGGAAGAAAUUAUUGUGCCUUCAUCUGAUUUACAAUUGAGUUUCCUUUUUUUUACUUGUGAUGCUGGAGAGCAAGAAAGCAGUUUCAUCUUCUUCAUCCCUGGAAUUGGAUCCAUUAUUGAAGGAUCUUAACGAAAAGAAACUUAGUUUUAGAAGGAAUGUUGUCUCUUUGGCAGCAGAGCUCAAGGAUGUUCGGAAUCGUUUGGCAUCACAAGAGGAAUCGUUUAUCCAAGAGGCACAAUCAAGACAGUUAGCAGAAGCAAAAGCUAGGAAUUUGGAAGAGGAGAUUGUUACUCUGCAGAAUUGUUUAAAUGAGAGAGAUUACCGGUUGAAGGCAUCUUCCUCGAACAGUGAACAGUACCUGAGGGAGUUGGAUGAUUUAAGAUCAAAGCUUUUUGUUACCCAUGCUACAGCUGAGGCUAGUGCUGCAUCAGCUCAAUCUGCCCAGUCCCAGUGUUUAUCCUUGCUAAAAGAAUUAGAUGAGAAAAAUAGCUGCAUAAAAGAAAAUGAAAUACGUGUCAAUAGCUUAGGGGAGCAAUUAGAUCAACUGCAAAGGAAUCUCCAAGAAAGAGAGCUGUCUCAAAAACAAUUAAAAGAACAUGUCUUGAAAAUGGAGAAUGAGAUCCAGUGUGCUGUUGCAAAAGCUGGAGAUAUCAGAGAUUGUGAGCUGCGGAACAUUUUAGAAGAACUAUCUAUACGAAAUUAUGAUAAAAUAAAUAAACUUUUAAUUGCCAAGGAUGAUGAGAUUUCUCGAUUGAGGGAUGAGAUCCGUUUCUUGUCUGCACAAUGGAAACACAAAACAAAAGAACUCGAAUCACAGCUUGAAAAGCAUAGGAGAGCUGACCAGGAACUAAAGAAGAAAGUCCUGAAGCUAGAGUUUUGUCUCCAAGAAACAAGAUCUCAGAUGCGGAAGCUUCAAAGGAUGGGAGAGAAGCGCGACAUGGCACUCAGGGAGCUUAGAGAACAAAUUGCAUUAAGGCAACAGAAGGUAAAGAAUUCAAAUGAGAAACAAAACUUCUGGGAGAGUCCCAUGUUCAAGGUUUUUGUCUCUAUGUCAAUGUUAGUUUUGGUUGCCGUUGCAAAACGUUAGAUCGUUUUACCCCUCUAUGAACUGUAGAAUGUAGUUAUCAUGUACUAUGUAGCCUUCCUAGUAUCUUUUUUGUCUGCUUAAAAUUAUUUCUUUUGAGAUAUAUUAGAACAUAUGUACUCUUCUAUCUAUUGCGUUUAUUUUUAUGGUGUAGUUGGCAGAAAGGGGUGGAGUCAUGAUUAUUCUAA